UCUGGCACUGAUUACCCCGCCGCCACUGCUGCUGCUGCUGCUGCUGCUGCUGAACUUAGCUGCUGCCUCUGGGCCGAGGACCCCAGCACAGUCCUCCAGACAUGCUGCCCGCUGCCCCAGCCUCCCUCCUGGGGCCCCUCCUCACAGCCUGGGCCCUGCUGCCUCUUGCCCAGGCCCAGACCCCCAACUACACCAGACCUGUGUUCCUGUGUGGAGGGGAUGUGACAGGGGAGUCAGGUUACGUGGCAAGUGAGGGUUUCCCCAACCUCUACCCCCCCAGUAAGGAGUGCAUCUGGACCAUCACGGUCCCUGAGGCCCAGACUGUGUCCCUCUCCUUCCGAGUCUUUGACAUGGAGCUGCACCCUGCCUGUCGUUACGAUGCUCUGGAGGUCUUUGCUGGGCCUGGAACCUCGGGCAAGCGGCUGGGACGCUUCUGUGGGACCUUCCGGCCAGCACCCCUAGUCGCCCCUGGUAAUCAGGUGACGCUGAGGAUGACAGCAGACGAGGGCACAGGAGGACGAGGCUUCCUGCUGUGGUACAGCGGGCGGGCCACUUGGGGCAAUGAGCACCAGUUUUGUGGGGGGCGGCUGGAGAAGGCACAGGGGACCCUCACCACGCCCAACUGGCCCGAGUCCGACUACCCCCCGGGCAUCAACUGUAACUGGCACAUCAUCGCGCCCCUGGACCAGGUGAUUCUGCUGACGUUCGGGAAGUUCGACCUGGAGCCCGAUACCUACUGCCGCUACGACUCGGUCAGUGUGUUCAACGGAGCAAUUAGCGACGACUCCAAGAGGCUGGGGAAGUUCUGCGGUGACACCGCCCCCGGCCCCAUUUCCUCCGAAGGCAACGAGCUCCUGGUCCAGUUCGUCUCGGAUCUCAGCGUCACCGCUGACGGCUUCUCCGCCUCCUACAAGACCCUGCCUCGGAACGCUGCUGACAAAGCGCCAGCCCCAAGCCCAGGAGGGGAUGCCCAGCAGGGCACUCCCACUCUCGGCACCAACUCGGAGCCAGGAGCUGGACCCAAAGUCAAGCCACCCACCAAGCCCAAAGUUCAACCUGCAGAGAAGCCAGAAGCUUCACACAAGGCCCAGGGAAUUCCAGUGAGCCCCAAUGCCCCCACUGUCACCUGCCCAAAGCAGUACCGGAGAACAGGCACCUUGCAGAGCAACUUCUGUGCUAGUGAUCUGGUGGUGACGGCAAAAGUGAAAUCCAUGGUUCGGGGGCCAGGCGAGGGCCUCACUGUCACUGUCAGUCUCAUUGGUGUUUAUAAAACUGGAGGACUGGACCUGCCCUCUCCACCCACUGGCACCUCCCUGAAAUUUUACGUGCCCUGCAGGCAGUACCCGCCCAUGAAGAAAGGAAUCAGUUAUCUGAUGAUGGGCCAGAUGGAUGAGAAUAGAGGUCCCAUCCUUCCACCAGAGAGCUUUGUGGUUGUCCACCGGCCUAACCAGGACCAGGUUCUCACCAACCUAAGCAACAGGAAAUGCCUCUCCCAACCUGUUCUGGCUGUGGAAUCCCAGGCCUGAGACCCAGCCCACCCCCAAGGCCUUGGGCCCCCUUUCUUAUGCAAAUAAAUGUUUUUUAUCUGA